AUGGCAUCGGUUGACAAUAUUAAAGAUGAAGACACCACGUUGCAUCUAGGGGAGAACAACUUUCAAGAAAAUUGGAUUAGACUUGGGGAAUACUUAUGUGAAAUGCGUCGAGUGCGUGAUUUCACUACAGUUGAUAUUGGCAUUAUCUGCGCCAAUAUGGAAACAGACUUUCUGCACAGUAGUGUUGGAGCGAUACAUUCAACUUUUAUUCGUGGAAUGCUAUACAACCAGCAAACACCAUUAUGCAUCACACUGCCUAACUGCCAAUUUUAUGUUGUAUCAGCAGUUAUUGACUGGAUGUAUAGGGGUGAAAUCCGUGUAGAAAUAGGGAAUUAUGGAGAGUAUUUGAAAGUUGUGGGUGGUCUCCAAAUAGAAAGGUUGCAAAAGCAUUUGGAAGAUAUUUUGCAAUUACUAUCUGCAAGAAGUGAUUCCAUUAUUCACUGCAUCAAUAUCGCAACCAAUCCAGAAUGCUGGGUUUCUUCCUCAACACGGAUUGAAAUUUAUAUGAAAUUUGUCACGGCUAUGGACACUUUAUCUGAUCAGGACAUUCAGAAGCUAACGCUCAAUUCUAUUGUGGCAUUAGUCGCUUCACCGCGUAUUGUGUCACAAGAUAAAAUUGACAUAAUUAACUUUGCUCUUCAGUGGUUAAUUUUGUUGAAAAGUCCAAACAAUGCUCCACAUAGAGAUUCUGUCCUUGGAUCAAUUCAUAUCGACCAUUUGGACCACAGGCAAAUGCUGUCAUUGGUACAGAAUCUACGUAAUCUUUUCCGGAAGCUCUCUGAAAGUCGGUUGUAUCCUGUUCAUGUCUAUCUUCGUCACAAGAAAGUAGUCGUUAGUGGGGAUCCGAAAAAAUAUGCAAAAACGAAUAAUGUGAUUGUACCACGAGUUUCCUCAACUUCCAGUGGAUCAUUGUCAGAUGACAGUUGCAGCACUACAUGCACAUUCACUCAACAGCACAUAGGGACGAGAUUCACCGAUUCACAGAUCUCUGAGAUUAGGAAGCUUCCUAAUUUCGAUGAGCAUCUGCGGGUUCGGAGAGAAGCAAUGAAUGGCAACGAGCAGCCGUUACUCAUUAAUCCCUUUUUGCGGCGAGAUUUUUUCAAGUUCCAGCGUAUUCCAAAGGAUUCGAAGAAACAUAAGGUUGCUCAACAACAGCAGCACCCACGAUAUGGGCACUAUCACAGUAACCAUUUGUUUCAUCUCAAAAAAUUUUCGCAAAAUCCCACAAAUUAA